AUGGAUGCUGAAGACUUUCCAACAUCUCCUGCGAAGCGACAGAGGACAGGCUCACCAGACGAAAACAGGAGGACCCUCGACCCUCCUCAGUCGACACCUGCCACCGAGCAGAAUGGUCUCGUUAGCCACCAGCCUCCAGCCGAUCCGAGUGUCUCGACACCAGAGCCAGAGAGACCAGUCACUCUUCCGGGUGAAAAAGAAGAGCAUUCCACUUCUGAGCAGCCGGACUCAAACUUUCUUCUCGAUGCAUUGAUGCUGCAGGUCGAGGCAGAGGCCGCCGCCGCCGCCGCAGGACCGUCAACUGACCCCUCCACGAGCACCAAUGGUAUCCUACGUACAAGCGACGGAACGCUGGUCGACGGAGAACAUAACAGGAGUCAAGAUGGAGGACACGUUGCGGGGGCACAUACGAUUGAGCCAACUACUACCACUCAAGAACCUGCGCCGAAUGCCGCGUUUCCGGGCGAGGUGGAGGCAAUGGAUGUGACAGAGACUGUUGUCAUCGCCAAAAAUACGCAGGUUGCACCCGACACCAAUGCCUCGAUACCCACCGUUGGCAACGCUGCCGAUACACCAGCCGUCGUCGAUUCCACCCCCACGGAUGUAAUUCUUCCAGAUGGCUCGGGUGCACCUGACCCUGGUGCCGAGGGUGCUGAAUGGGAAAUUGAUUCCUCGCCGUAUGAGUCCUCUUCGGAUUCUGACUCAGACUCCUCCGAUGAUACAUCUUCUGAAGAAGACAGCGACGAAGAUGCGGACGGCGACUAUGCGAUGCUGGACCCCGAAGAGACGGCGAGGAUCCUCAUGCAAGGUGAUGCCGGUUCCGACGAUGAAGGAGGCGGCCCGCGGGACAGAAAGGACGGAGGUACACUCCGGACGGCAAAUGAACGCCCUGAAGAAGUUAUACCUAAACCGGAUAUUAUAGUCACGGAGGACAUGAAGAUUGAAGAAUUGGGCAACGUCGAAUUCGCGGUCGAGAGCACCGUCGUGGUGAAAGCGAAAACGUCGGGAGAAUAUCAAGUGCUGGAACCUGGAUCUUUGAUUUGUCUCCAUGAUCGAUCGGUGGUGGGAGUGGUUGCCGACUUGAUAGGGCGAGUCGAGGAACCCCGAUAUACGAUCCGAUUCACCAACGAUGACGACAUCAGAGAAGCCGGGCUGUCAGAGGCUGGCACCACGGUGUUCUACGUUCCUCAACAUUCCACAUUCGUCUUCACGCAGCCGUUGAAGAGCGUCAAGGGAAGUGACGCAUCGAAUUUCCACGAUGAGGAAGUCGGCGAGGACGAGAUGGAGUUCUCAGACGACGAGGCCGAGGCCGAGCACAAGCGCCAGAUGAAGGCCAAGAGGCAGGGCAGAUCACUGGACACAGGAAGAGGGGGGCGUGGCAGCUCCAAGUUUGCCAGAGGACCGCAUCGUGGUGCAGGAGCAGGAGGUCGAGGAGGAGGAGGAGGCCAUCGUCACCGCAAUCCCAGCGACGGCUCCGCCUACGGCAGCGGCUCGUUGGAAAUGAACUACGACGACGUCUCCAUGCCGCCCGAUGCAGGCGAUGACGGCUACACGCCGCUGCAGAGACCGUCCGACCUUGCGGACAUGGUCGCCAGGGGAGGGGAACAGCCGCAGGAACGCGGCGGUAUGACGAUGAUGCAGCAUCCACUCCCGCCACCACCUCACUUCAGCAGAGGAGGCGAGUCGGACGGGCGAGGGCGAGGGAGAGGGUAUGGACACGGGAGAGGAGGCCGAGGAGGAGGAGGAUUCCGGGGCCAGCGUGGACGGGGAGGAGGAGGCCUCAACAAUCAAUAUCAGCAUCAGCAUCAGUCUCGUGAAGCUCCUCCUCCUUUUGGACAACAACAAUACAACGCCACAACCCAUCAGAAUGGCUACAAUCCCUCCUUUUCCUCCUCCUCCUCCUCCACCACCACCAAUACAUCUCUACCCAAUCUCAACGUCCCCACGACACCGUCAAUCACACCGCAAAACAUGGCCUACCCACCACCCAUGACGCCGUCGCCCAUCACUCCACUCCCUCUCCCUAACAUCUCGUUCAACUUUGGGCAAGCUCAGGGAUUCCAACAUCAACAUCAACAUCAACAACAUCCUCUGCCUUCUUCAGCAGCAGCAGCAGUCAACUUUCCUCCCUUCGCCGCACCGCCGGGGUUCGGCAUGGGGCCCCCUCCGGCCCCCCCGUCGUCGUCGUCAUUGUUUCCCGGUGGUGGUGGUGGGGGCAACUUCUCCCAUCAUCAGCAGCAGCAGCACCAGCAAUACCACCAGCAGCAGACGAACUUCCUCUCCGGCGCGUGGGCCAGCAACCCGGCCAUCGCCGCCGCGUUGCAGAGACAGGUGGAAGAACAGCGUCGGACCCAACAGCAGCAGGGGCAGUAA